AUGAAGGACCCGAUAGCUGCAUCUUCGGCGGAGGAGGAUGUGCAGGUCCUUGUGGGCGACGCUUUAGAUGGCGCUGCGUCUGCAAUCUUGUCGGAGCCUAGCAUAGCAGCAGCAUCAGGAGCAGCAGGAGCAGUUGGAACAGCAGCAGAACUGCCGCCAGCGAAGCGUUUGUCUGCUGCAGCAGGGAAUUCUUUGUCUCCUCCUUCAAAAAAGGGAGCAGCAGCAACAACAGCAACAGCAGCAACAGCAGAUGCAGCAGACGACAUAGAUGAAGUGUUAGGGGAUUCUGUCUUCCCUCCUCCUAGCGCAGCGCCCCCGGCUACUGCUGCUUCUGCCGCUGCUGCAAAGGCAGCAGAUACUCCCCAGGAUCCUCAGGCUCUCUGUGCUGCUGCUACUGCAGCAGGAAAGGUGCUGCCUGAGUGGGAGGUGAGCGGGAACAAAAGGUGGCUCUACACCAGAGAAAAGAGUUAUUGGUUUAAUUACGGCUUCGAUCAUCGCUCUUUUGUUGACUGGCUACAGCAACAGCUAGACCUCCGAUUGCAGCGCAGCGCCCGGAUGCCCCUCCAUGUGCAGGGCCAAGACUGGAGCCCGCAGCAGCAGCACCAGCAGCAGCAGAUGCCGCAGGAACAACACACGGCGCACACACAACCACAGUUACUCACGCACAACGAGACUGUACUACUGAGACGGCACCAAAACACCAACAGCGAACAACAGCAGCAACACCAGCAGCAGCACCAAUACCAGCAGCACCAGUAUCACCAGCAGCAGCAACAGCAACCCUUGCAGACCAUCGCUUCUGAUGCCGCUGUCUUUGCUUCUUCGGAAGGGGCUUUGACUGCAACACAUGAUGUUUGGGGACACACUGAACAACCCGCUGUUGCUGCACCUGGACCUGAUACCCCUGCUCCACUGCCGCACGCCGCGCUGCAGCAACUUGCUGCUCUUAACCAAUUUCUGACUGAAGAGCAGCGGCAGCAGCAAACGUGA